AGGAUGAUUAUGAAACGCGACCUCCUACUCCCGUAGUAAUAAUUUUCGACAUUCAUUUCGACAUAAUAUUCUGUCAUCAUCACCUUCCUGACACCUGUUGGCUGGGAUAAGUUAAGAGUAGACCAGGGUGUAAUAUUCACCACCUUUCGAUUAUUUCGAUUGCUCACUGGCGCUGUUACUAUCGGACUCGUCCGUGAGGAGCACUUGAUACUUGAAUACCAUCGUAAAAUUUCUACUUUCGAAUAACAAAUUUACGUAAUUACAUUAAUCAACGACCAGCACCGUAAUUAGAAGCGCCUCCACACAGCAUUGUUUUUCUUGCGGAAGAAAUGAGUUCCGCAAGCGACGAACUGCAUGAGGAGGAGAUGGGCGACGAGGGGAGUCGCGGCUUCACCUCGACGUCCGUCGGCGUGAUGGAUGAAAAAUGGAAGAAGAAGGGCUACAAAGACUGGAGUGAUUACACCAAGAAGGACUGGGUAUGAAAUGCAAAAAUGUCUGGGUCUGGAAACUUGUGAUGCUGGGUGGCGUAUCAUGAGGAGGCCACAAGUGCUGGCUCAGCAUGACAAGUUUCUGAGCUUCUAGGUGUUGCUUAUUCUGCAUGACAAACUGCGUUUCUGCAUGACAGAAAAAUGGCGCUCUUAGGUAACGUGCAUGACAGAUUUGAGAGUCAUGCCAGACAAGCAUGACAAACAUGCACGCUUCCAGACCCAGACAUUUUUACAUUUGAUACUGGGAUCAAUACUACAAUUACGGUGUCUACGCGUUGUCGCAGACCACGUCGGCAGCGGCCGGGGCGAAAAAUGCCGGCUCGACUGGUUCUGGUACAACUUCCUCGAAGAAGAAGGGAAUGAAGAAGGCCGCGGCCGCGACAAAGGCCAUGAAAGCCGGUGGGAAAAAAAAGAAGAUGAAGAUGGCUCCGAUGAAGAAAAUGUCCGCCGCGAAGAAGAAGAUGGUGCAGAUAUGCUGAGUAAAAAUUGAUACCCACAGUGCUUACCCCACAGUCAAUGAGUUGGAACUCUGAGGAAACACGAGUCCAAAAGUUCUUCGUUUGGGAGUCCUGCUCAACAUAUUUGGCAAGUUUCUAUCUGUAGUGUGGUUCUGCAUAGCAAGGAAAGCCGCACUUUUACAGAGCCAUCUGCCAACAUCCCUAGUGCAGUAUGUACAAAUGAUUCCAAAACACGACUACGACUAGAAAGCCUCGCAGAUGCAAAUCUAGUACAUGACACCUCGGGGGUGGGUACGUUUUUUUGACAGGAUGGCAGAUGAAGAUGAAGACCACCAAGAAGAAGAUGGCAAUGAAAAUGAAAACGAUGAAAAAGAAGUCCGCGAAGGAGAAACCCACCAAGAGCAUAUCAGAGUGCACACGCCCCCCCUCCCCCUCAUGUGUCUUGCAAAAACGCAAAUCAUGCAUGCGGCGCAUGAAUUGAAAUUUCUCGUGCAACUCCAGUUUCGCUAGUGUUAAUGCUUUUCUUGCUGGUGACGCCCUUCAAAUGAGGGGGAGGCGAAGUUUUGCACUCUCAUAGAGCAAGACGCUAGUGUACAAGGGAAAGCGACCAAAAACCACGGGAGGCCUUACCAAGGCGGACCUGAAGGUAAACAAGCGGGUAUCAAAAUGAAAAGUGCCCUAUUCUCAAAAGACCGAACAGUUUGUAUUCUAUUUCCAUUGCAUAUAUGAAGCUACUACAUUUGUCACGCCAGCGCAGCAUAUCAUACCAAGGCAGAUACUUAUUUGUAUUUCCCUAUGUAUAGGGAAGCUUAUUUGCAGCAUGAGCAUCGCAAACGCAAACCCGUGCCCUUUCCGGGGUGCUUAGGGCAGCUUUUCAAGAGGAUAGCGGGGAAAGGUGGUGUAUCCUAUGUAAAAACGUCCCCACACCAUAGUCAAGAUGGGAAGUCUGCAACACAAAUCCCCAAGUUUUAGACAUGACAAGUUUCCAUCUGCAGUGUAGUACUGGCUGGCAAGGAAAACCGCAUGAAAAAGCCAUUUUCUCGUCCUGUUUACAGCAUUACAAAUUUCAAAACACGACUGGAAAUGCCUCUCAUGGAAGUGCGCAUUACAAAUCUUCCUGUCAUUGCACAUUUGCAUGACAACUCUGGGGUGGGGACGUUUUUACACAGGAUAUGGUGUCCAAAAAGGCCUCGGCCGCGGCCAUGAAGAAGCCGCAGGCGAAAAUUAUCGUGAAGUGGUCUAGCUUACCAAGUGCAAAAAUGUCUGGGUCUGGAAGAAUUCAUGUUUGUCAUGCUUGUCUGGCAUGACUCUUAAAUCUGUCAUGCUCGUUACCCAAGAGCUCCGUUUUUCUGUGGUGCAGAAGCGCAGUUUGUCAUGCGGAAUAGGCAACACCGAGGAGCUCAGAAACUUGUCAUGCUGAGCCAGCAUUUGGAGCCUCAUCAUGAGACGCCACCCAGCGUCACAAGUUUCCAGACCCAGGCACUUUUACAAUCCAUAUAGCUGCGUAAAGCAAGCGCGUGCGAGUCUCGGGUUCCAGGGCGUCUUCGUGCCGGUGGGGGGCAAGACAGAGCGGGGCCAGCGCCUCUACCGGGAGACGCGCAUGCUGUACGACGCCGCCCGGGGAUCGGGAUCCGCGACCCCGAAUGCGAACAAUUCGCCGCAGGCCAGCUAUUGAGAGGAAAAAUCCCCCCUCCCCAUAUGGGAAACGAAAUUUGUGAUGCUGUAUUUGAGUACACAAAUCGACUUGUAAUGCUAGAAGGCCAAGAGACGCAGCUGUGUUCUCGUUUGCAGGCAAUUUGUCAUGCUGUUUCCCACUUCCAGCUGCCCCCUGUCAUGCUGAAGAUGCAAGGCCUUCCCACGCCAACCAGCACUACAGUCCGCAUCUUUUCCCUUCUAGCAUGACAAAGCUGAUUUGUGACCACAAAUGUGCAUCACAAAUCUCUAAUUUGACUAUGGGGAGGGGGGAUUUUUCCUUUUGAUACCAGCAAGGCGAAGGCGCAGCAGGUCCCUUCUACGAUGCGCAGCGGUAGUACCUUCCAGCUGCGUGCGGACGUCCUUCAGUAUCCUGAGUAAAAACAUCCCCACACCAGAGUCAGGAUGGGGAUUUUGCAACACAAACCUUGGAGUUUUGGGAGUCACGCAUGACAAGUUGCACUCCGCAGUGUAGUGCAGGUUAGCAAGUGCAGCCGCAUCACAGAUUCAUCUGCUCAUCCUGUUCACAGCAUCACAAAUUCCAAUACACGAUUGGAAAUGGCUCUCAUGGGGAUGCGCAUUACAAGUCUUCCUGUCUUUGCAAAUCUGCAUUACAACUCUGGUGUGGGGACGUUUUUCCUCAGGAUAUUCAGGAGCAGAACUUCAGCCGCGGCUACGUCGGGCCUUUCCAGUGAACAGAUGACGGCCACCAGAGAGGACGACAGGACGAAGACGAAGCUGCAACGAACCUGAAACAGCCACAGGCAAUGAGGCACGGGGCGGGGCCUUUUACAUAACACAUUAUUGUUUUACAUUAUUACAACUCCGCGGUGACGUAGGCGAGUUGAUUGCUUAUGAGUAAACUACGCAUCAUUUGCAUUUCAAUGGUGCAUGCGCAUCCUACUACUAGACAUCGACGUUGAGCAAGUACAGGUAGUGCGAUGUUGCACUGAUCAUGUAAGUAAAAAGAUAGGCGAAUCUUCUACCGCGAGCUAGUUGAGUCGCGUAAAACUCUCGACUUCUAUCUCCAAAGAUGCAUGAAUCGCCGUGUAACUAUAUCUUUGAAUUUUUGUACUCUUUUGUUGUAAAUCAUCUAUUUGCUUGUUAUUCUCUACGCGCGGACCUGGGGCGAUUGAUGGGUUUCUUUUCAGACACCGGUCACGCUUGUAGAUGCAGCAUUUUGUGAAGUUUCCCUGGAGCUCCUCCCGUUCCAUGUCAAUUUCAUAAUAACAUAAAGCACAACCAACAACAUAAGUAAAUAUUCAGUAAAUGUUCCCUAGGAAGUUUCCUAAAAACAUUUUGAUCGCACUUAUGCAGGACAUUCUGGCUUUUCGAGCUGCCGAGAAGAGCAGUUUCGAUAUUUUUUGCCACACACACCGAUGUUCUGCCUUUCUUUUUUCGUGUAGACAGAAUACACCUACGAGCUGUUGGUCUUCGUUUUGAUAUUUUGAAAAUCGGGCCGCACACUCCGUAGUCUUUAUUUUUUUUCUGGCAGGUGUGCUCCUGAAAAAUGCGCCCGCCGGAUGCGCGUCCUCUUGCGCCAUUGGAUUCGUUUUCGGUCGGCUCACGGUCAC